AUGAGUCGCAAACGACAACAAAAUCAAAACUAUAGCCCACCGGGUGAGGGCUCCAAAUCACAAAAUGAAGGACCAUCAAAACAGUCCAAGCCCCAAAGUGCCCCUGCAACCCCCAAACGUCCGCCAAUAUGGGGAGCUUCAUCAUCUCGAGAAGCGAGAGCGAGCAAAUCGACUCCGUUGCUAGAGAAUAAGGAGGGAGUAGCGACCGCCAAUGCUAAAGUUGCUAUUCCCCGCCAACCACCGGGUAAUACUCCCCGGUUUAACCGCAGAGUGCCCCGAGCUUGCGAGUCGUGUAGAACACGCAAAACUAAAUGCAGUGGAGAUACCCCGGUUUGUCGACAAUGUCGCGAAUUGAGAGCGGUUUGUCAAUAUCCCGUGGGAUGGAGAGAAAAAAUGAAAAAUGACGUUGAUAGACUCACUGCAGAAUUGCAAGAGUACGAAAGCUUCGUGAAUGAUUUACGAAACUCCGCAGAAAAUCAUACGGCAGAUUGGAUUAAGGGACUAAUAGACAAGGUGAGUCGUACCCAAUACGGUUCCAUGGCGGCGUCUAACCGUGUCUCUCUGCUGGCUAAGCAUGGGUUGAGGAGCACCCCUUCCCUUGAAAAUCUACCUUCUCAAUUAUCCACACCACAAAACGAAGUAGACGGCGAUGAAGGAUCUCCCGUAUCUUCUAUCGGAUCUCUCAAUGCAAUCGACCGAGUAGAGGAAGACCUGAAUCGAACCAAGCAUACCCGAGCCACCGGGUAUAUGGGGAAGAGUUCGGAGAUCUCGUGGAUGCAACGACUUCAAAGGGAAGCAGAGCAGCGCGCUCGCGGCAACCCUGGUACGCUAGAUUCGACUACGGACGAGGAGGAUGCAGCCAGCGAUCGAUUUUCACUUCACGCUUUGAAUUAUCAUCUCGACGACCUGGAGAUUUCAGUUUCCGAGCCCGUUCAACGUUAUAGCAUGCCCACUCGACCAUUAGCACAUCGACUGUUUGACGAGUAUUUGAAAACGGUGCACCCGUUCUUCCCCAUCAUCAGCAAGCCUUUAUUCCGAGCUCAAUUCCAAACCUUUUUCGAUAUUUCCGGUCGCUAUAGCGCAGCAAGACCUAGCAACAAAUGGCUCGCCAUCUUGAAUACAAUAUUUGCGAUCGCAGCAAAACAUGCCCAUCUCAUCCGUGCUCCCUGGCGUGGAGAUGAGAAUGAUCAUUUAGUCUACCUGGCCCGAGCCCGGCAGCUAAGCAUGAACGGCGAAGUCUUGUUCAGCCAUCCCGAUCUUCAGCAAGUCCAGGUCGAGGGCUUGAUCGCCUUUUACUUACUGGCAUCCGAUCAGAUUAAUAGAGCAUGGCGAAUUUCAGCUUUGGCAGUGCGUUCUGCAAUAACCCUCGGCAUUAAUCUGAAGAUCGACACGCCAAAAACACCAAACGUCGCAAAGGAGGCUCGUUAUAGAGUUUGGUGGUGUCUAUACAGUUUCGAACACAUGCUAGGAAUCAUGACUGGUCGAGCUAUCUAUAGCCUUGACGGAGGCUAUGCAACACCGCUGCCUUUGCCAUUCGAAGAGGAACAGCUGCAAGAAGACCCAGAAGCAGUUAAGAUGCUCAACGAUCCCAUUUCUCGGGACGAACAAAUCAGCGUCUUGAUGGCAAGCACAGGGAUUCGACAAUCUGGAGGCAAGGAUGACAUCCAGAAAUGUCGGUCAAGGGACCGAACCUGGCUCAAAAACAUGUCGUCGAACUCCGGCCUUUGCUAUCUCUACUACUGCGAUUUGACAGUCAUCACACAAGAAAUUGUCAACAAGGUUUUCUCGACCAACGCCGUUUCCCUCUUGUGGUCUGAAAUCGAAGCCCGCCUUGAUGAACUACUCGCGCGAAUAGAUCUUUGGCAUUCAAGCUUGCCAGCGGCUCUAGACUUUACGCAGGAAGAGGCCGAUGAUAAUCCCGACCAGCUGCGGUACAAACUAUUCCUGGCUUUCCAUUACUAUGGCGCACGGAUCACACUAGGACGCCCUUGUCUGUGUCGACGAGAUGCCCAGCGGCAAAUCAUCGACGAGGAAGGAUCAUCCUGGAAUACAAACUUCUUCGGCCCAGCUGGACCGUCAGAGUCACGCAAUAAUUUCAACAUCAACCUGGAAGAUACAUCAAUAUUCGGACCACGACCACCGACAGAAGAGGACAUAUGGACAAAUUACUUCAACCUCCCCACGCCAGACUUCAUGCCCUCACUCCAGGGCCACCCCAAUCAUUCUCACAUACCAGACGACACCUAUUUCCCCUACGACCCUCUUGGUGAAGACUUUAUGCGAUCAUUGUUUCCCUCUUCCGAAGAGGAUAACAGAGAGCUAAACUAA